ACGAAAGUCUGACAAUCCAACGGCCAAGAUUUCCUGAUAUCUUUGACUCCGAUAAGACUGGAGAAGAAAGACCCACCAUCCCCUUCUUCCUCUUCGGCGACCCAAGCAGAGGCACCAUCCCGGAAGCCGAUUAUUCCCCUGACAUCCCGCCAUGAUCACUGCUUGUCUGCAACCACCUUCGUGGAAGAUCCCCGCCAUUGCCGUCCCUUCAGCUUCUUCCCCUUCCUCCCUCUCUUUCCUGCUGAACCCACCAUCGAACCGGUUCCGAGAACCCAGAGAGCUCAGUUUCUUCGGGGGUUUCAGAUACCCGCCGGGAGGAGGAAGAAGAAGAGGGGGGGGAGGAGGUGUUGUGCGCAAUUCGCUGUUUCCUGUGGACCCGUGGGCCCCCAACAUUGAUUCGGAGAGCAUAGCUUCGCAGCUCUUCGCCUUCUCCCUGUUCCCUUACCUGGGCUUCCUCUACUUCAUCACCAAGUCCAAGUCUGCCCCGAAGCUCACCCUCUUCGGCUUCUACUUUUUGCUCGCCUUUGUCGGAGCCACCAUCCCAGCUGGAAUUUACGCAAAAGUGCAGUAUGGUACUUCUCUUUCGAAUGUGGACUGGUUACACGGUGGAGCCGAGUCGCUACUUACACUGACCAACUUAUUCAUCGUCUUGGGCCUGAGAGGAGCAAUCAGAAGAGCCCAAGCAACGAAAAAGAGCACAUCCGAUGCGACUAAUAAGGUUUUAACUGAGGAGCAGUCUUCUGUUUAGUUCUGCAAUUUAUUGUGUUUUCUGAAUCCUGGUCAUUCUUGUAGCUAUUCAUGCUAGGAUCCUUGUAAAUUCUGAGAUAGAGAUGUUGUAGACUGCCGUAUAAAUUCUCGCACUCUCCAGACAAUUUGCGAGGUAUAUAUAGUGUUUGCCCAUUUAUAAUAGCUGCGACCAGUUCUGUUUC